UUUUUACAGCUGGCGGUGGGGACAUGUCCCGGGGCCCGAGCGGUCCAGCCGUUUCCCUCUGAUCUCCGUGACGAGCGCAGGUGACGACACAGAGAUGAAAGGGAGACGCGCGUCAUAGAGCUCGCGCCCUCUGACCGAGCUGGUCGGAGCGGGAUCGCCAUGUCGAGGAGGCGCUGCGUGCUGCACUGCGAGGGGCAGCCGUCCAUGCACCGCCUUCCGAAGGACGAGUCCCUGAAGAAUCAGUGGAUAAAGUUCAUUUUCAACACCGUUCCUCAGGACUACAGCCCCAACCUGUUGCUGUGCUCCAAUCACUUCAGGGAGGACUGCUUCCUCAACCGGCAGCAGUACAACUCGGGAUUUGCGCAACGUUUAGUCCUUAAAGACGAUGCGACUCCGACUCUGUUCGGGCCCGGAGAUCCGCAGCCGCAGCCUGACGCCGCCUGUCGAAUCUUUCCUUCUGUGAGACACGCCGCCUCCCAGACCGACCCCCCCGAGACCAGAUCGGUCGGCACGCAGCUGAUCAUGAAGGCUCCCGUCCGGAGUACAGCCACCCAGGCGACGGCGCCCAGAAGAAACCGCGGCGUGUGCACCCCCACCUUCCCCCUGGACAGCCCGUUACUGUUCCUGCAACCAACGGUGGCGAAGAGACGUCGACUUAAAGAGGAGCAGGAGGAGGAGGAGGCCCCUUUAGAGCGGGCCGAAGGAGGCUCAGGAGGAGCCGCAGGACUCGACGUGACUCUGUCGCCCUCGUGGCUCAGCAGCUGAUCAAGAAGGCCGCUGAGGUCUGGGACAUGUGAUCCACACGGCUCCAGGACAGAGACGACGACCUUCAGCGAGGCGCCGUGCCGUCCGCUGCUCCAGCAGGACUGUUAAUGAUAGAAAACUUUUAGUGUUGAGGCGGGUCAGAUCAGCGUUAGCGGGUUUACAGACCUGAAACCGCAGAAAACAAAGGACAGGAUGGUAAAAUACUUCUCAGGCUGCGGGUUCUGCUGUUGGCUUUAAGAAGGGGGAGGUGGUUUGUUAUUGUCUGCCUUCACCUUUUGAAACAACAGUUCAGGCUCCGCCCACACUCCACGUCGUCGCUUUAAACCUCAGAGCUUCUGCGUUUCCUCCCGUCCACACUAAAACGUUGAAGCCUGAAAACGCUGCUGACCCCGUUUUGGCGUGUUCGCGCUGACAGGAGGAAACGGUGACGCUCAUGCAAACCGGAAACACGAUGCUGCUGACACGGUUUUAGUUUUGGUUCUAAAAUACUUCGUACUGUGUAAAUAACACUUCUACGCUUGUACUCUGCAUUGUUUCCCGCCGCCGCCGCAGUAACCGUUCCACCACGCAGAGAAAUCUCCGCUGUGGUUCUUCAGCGUCGCUGCUCUCCCUGUGUUCAGAACAGACCACCUGCUUGCUGGUUACACCGGCUCACACGUGCUCAGUGCACCUGAACGGCCACACAUCUGGUGGCCGUUAAACAUGAAGCAGAUGGUCUGUUCUGUAGUUUCAGACGAUUUGGUGAAAGAAUAAAGUUCUUAUUAUUUUGCACAGACCGAUAACGAGCGGGGACCGUUACUGAACGGAACACGGGAGCACAAAGAGACAGUGGCGGCGGGAAAUGGACCGGGAGCCGUAAGUGUUGUUUACACGGUGCAAAAUAUUGUAAUAAAAACACCAAAACUCUGUCAGCAGCGUCGUGUUUCUGCUUUGCAUGACCUUUGAGAGCCAAACGCGAGCGUCCGCGUCAUCGUUUCUAAAGUCCUCCGUUUUUGCCCGGCUGCACUAAAACGCUACUCAUAGUUUCAAAACUAAAAACGGGGUCGGCAGCGUUUUCAAACUUGCUGGACGGCUGCAAAACGUCUCGUGGGCGGGGCCUGAGGCUCUGAACACCUGGAACAGGGCCUAACGGUAACAGCUGAAAAGGUUCCACUCGCUGCUCGUGCUUACAGUUUGCAGACGCUGUAAACUUAGACGCCCUUACAGACAGGAAGCGGGGGCUUUGAACACGUCCACGAGUGCCGCAUGAGGCCGACUGAAGGGCCCCCGAGCGACGCAGCAGAGCCUCAGCUGCUGCAGGCGAACCGUUAAUGUUCUGUCAUGUUCAGCUCCUCGUCUGAAGGUCGUACAUCAAGUUCACUUCUACAGAAACGUUGUUUAAAGGUUCAGUUACGUUAAAUACACGCACGGCGUGGAGAGAAAAGUCCGUGAGCUCCUUUAAAGCUUCUACAGGAGACUCUCUCCCGAGUUUAGCUGACUUUAUUUUCUUAACCUGUUUUACUUUCUGCUUUGUAUAAUGAGGUUAUGAAAAUAAAGAACGUCUUCAUCAUCCAGUGUGUCGGCUCUCGCCGCUGCGUGAAGCUUCACCUGCGUUAAACGUGUUGCGCGAUCGACCAGCAUCUGGCCCUGCAUCGCCCUCGUGCUCUGGACGGCGAGCAUCAAAGGUCGUGGCCGACAUUUACUCAAGUACUGUAGCUAAGUACAAACAGGAGGCGUUUGAUUUUCACGCCACUUUCAGAGAGAGUUCUUGUACUUGAGUUUCUUUACAAAGUCAUAUUUCUACAUAUGUUUAUAAAAUAAAACAGUUUGUACAAGUACAGCUGACACGAUCAGCUGAUUCACUGUCGACCAGCUACUUUGAUCAUAAAGUCAUUUUUCGUUAUUGCACUAAUUUUACUGCGUUGUUAAUAUUUGAGGUUUGGACUGUUGGUUUGUGAAGGUGUGAAAAGAAUCAUCAGACAACAUCCUGCUGCACAGCUGAUCUACUUUUCUUUAACUUCACUAACAUUUGCAAUGCGGGACUUUUACUUUAAUAAAGAUCUGAAUCCUCGUCCACCGCUCGCCAAAACCUCCCGUCUGAAGCCGGCCUCACCAGCCAGGUCCUGACCCCCCAGACCUGCCCCCCGUUUUACAGCACACAAAAAUCCGUCACACUAAUUUAGUAGCUGCGCACAUCCUCUGUGUUUUUCACAUCCUGUGACUUUAAUAUUUUUACAUUUAUACAUGUUUGUUGUUGAGCUUUGUGGAAGAAGCUAACUUUAGGCCCUCUGGUGUUUCAGCAGUAUGGAGUUGUUUCCACACACGUCACCAGCUAAGAGC